AGGGUUCCGAGUGGAGCAGCCAUGAGCGCAGCAGCAGAGACCCAGGUGAAGUGUGUGCUGGUGGGGGACAGCGCCGUUGGGAAGACGGCCCUCCUGGUGCGCUUCACCUCGGAGACCUUCCCUGACUGCUACAAACCCACCGUUUACGAGAACACUGGAGUAGAAGUCUUCAUGGACGGGGUCCAGAUCAGCCUUGGUCUGUGGGACACGGCAGGAAAUGACACGUUCAGACAGAUCCGUCCGAUGUCCUAUCAGCAGGCUGAUGUGGUCCUGAUCUGCUACUCCGUGGCCAACCCCGUCCUGGCCAACGUCAAGAACAAGUGGCUGGGAGAGGUGCGUGAGAACCUCCCUCGGGUCCCGGUGCUGGUGGUGGCCACCCAGACAGACCAGCGCGAUACCGGGUCGCACCGCGUAUCCUGCUCCUCCGCCGCCGAGGGAAAACGCCUCGCCCAGGACGUACGGGCCAAGGGAUACCUGGAGUGCUCGUCGCUAAGCAACCGCGGCGUGCAACAAGUGUUUGAGUGUGCGGUGCGGACAGCGGUGAACCAGGCCAGGAAACGGACGCGCCCACGGAUGUUUGAUAUCAACAGCUGCACGGUGUUUUGACCUCUGACCUCUAACCUUUUGGGACUGGGUGGGCGGUGGUCGGUGGAUACUGAAGCAACUGCUGAUCUGGGAUCAGGUCUCGACCAGCGGUGACUCCGACUUGGACUCAACACCACGGGGCUGGACUGGGUGUUUAGUGACUCGACUACGUCACUGUGUCUGACUCGAACUAUUAGAAGGAUGAAGUCCUCUCUGACCAAGGACCUGUGGUUUUAGGGGAACUCUUUAUCUAACUGUUUAUUUUUUUUUUUUUUUACCAAAGGGUCUAAACAAACUACAGUACACAGACAUCUGUCUAAAAGGCCCUAACUUUUAAACCGUUUUUUUUUUUGUGUGUGUUUAUUUUGGGACACACUCCUGUGUACUCUGGGUACGAAGCUUUUGUUGUGCCGUAAGCCAGUGAGCCUCCAAUGUGUUGUUUUGACCGCUAACCUUUUGAUGACUGGACACGUGGAUCUGUAGAUGACCCUCUGUAGAUGAUCAGGUAUUUAAAUGUGAUGGUAACAGAGAUGAUCAGGUAUUUAAAUGUGAUGGUAACAGAGAUGAUCAGGUAUUUAGAUGUGAUGGUAACAGAGAUGAUCAGGUAUUUAGAUGUGAUGGUAACAGAGAUGAUCAGGUAUUUUGAUGUGAUGGUAACAGAGAUGAUCAGGUAUUUAAAUGUGAUGGUAACAGAGAUGAUCAGGUAUUUUGAUGUGAUGGUAACAGAGAUGAUCAGAUAUUUAAAUGUGAUGGUAACAGAGAUGAUCAGGUAUUUUGAUGUGAUGGUAACAGAGAUGAUCAGAUAUUUAAAUGUGAUGGUAACAGAGAUGAUCAGGUAUUUUGAUGUGAUGGUAACAGAGAUGAUCAGAUAUUUAAAUGUGAUGGUAAGAGAUGAUCAGGUAUUUAAAUGUGAUGGUAACAGACAUGAUCAGGUAUUUUGAUGUGAUGGUAACAGAGAUGAUCAGGUAUUUUUGAUGUGAUGGUAACAGAGAUGAUCAGGUAUUUUGAUGUGAUGGUAACAGAGAUGAUCAGGUAUUUUGAUGUGAUGGUAACAGAGAUGAUCAGGUAUUUUGAUGUGAUGGUAACAGAGAUGAUCAGGUAUUUUGAUGUGAUGGUAACAGAGAUGAUCAGGUAUUUAAAUGUGAUGGUAACAGAGAUGAUCAGGUAUUUAAAUGUGAUGGUAACAGAGAUGAUCAGGUAUUUUGAUGUGAUUGUCAGUCACACAAUAAUAACCUCCCUCUGUCCUCUUUGUUCAUUCCAGGGAGACGACGUUAAAUUUAAUUUACAGUUGAAGUCAGAAGUUUACAUACACCUUAGCCAAAUUCAUUUAAACUCAG